AUGACGGCCCUCUCAAUACUCUCUUUGCCCUUUGUCGCACUCCUUUUAUCGCUAUGGAGCUUGCCGGCAAUUGCCUCUGAUUAUCAUGAAAACUUACUAUUGCAACCUCUCCCUCAAUCCUCCCUCCUAGCAUCUUUCAACUUCCGGAGCAAUACAUCCCAGCAAUCAUUCGACCAACAGCACUUUAGAUACUUGCCCCGCGCGCUUGGUCAAAUCUUACAGCACGCUCACACAAAAGAGCUUCAUCUACGAUUUACUACAGGAAGAUGGGAUGCUGAAAGCUGGGGACCAAGGCCGUGGAACGGAAGCAAAGAAGGAGGCACCGGCGUGGAGUUAUGGGCAUGGAUCGAUGCGCCAGGCGAUGAUGAGGCAUUUGCAAAAUGGAUCACCCUGACUCAAUCCCUCUCCGGCUUGUUCUGCGCUUCGUUGAACUUUGUAGAUUCAACACGCACCACUCGGCCUGUGGUUUCUUUCGAGCCCACUGGAGACCACCCGGCCGCCGACCAACUUCAUCUGCUGCAUGGAACCCUGCCCGGUGAGGUUGUCUGCACAGAGAACUUAACCCCUUUCUUGAAGUUGCUUCCUUGCAAAGGAAAAGCCGGAAUUUCUACCUUAUUUGAUGGCCACAAGCUAUUUGAUGCAGCAUGGCAGAGUAUGUCCGUGGACGUGAAGCCGGUUUGUUCGUCGGAUGGAGAAUGUGUGGUUCAAAUCGAGCAAACUGUUGAUAUGGUCUUGGACAUUGACCGUUCAAAGCGGCCUCGAUCAAACCCAAUUCCGCGACCUGUGCCCAACGACCAAUUGAUUUGUGAUACCUCCAAAUCUUAUCACGCAGACGACACCUGCUACCCGUUAGAAAAGAUGAACGACAAAGCUUGGAGCUUAGCGGAAAUCUUUGGUCGGAGUCUGACUGGCGUUUGCCCUCUUGCAGACUCCGAUCAUGCCAGUGAACAAAGCGUCUGUUUGAGGAUUCCCCACGAAAGGAGCGUCUUCAUUCCCGAAGGAACCAAAGAAAUCAAAAGGGAUGAUGGGUUCACUCGUUGCUUCGAGUUAGCGCCAUCGACAUCCUUUGACCUCUCAAUUCCACAACAAGCAGUGACUGCGGAAGUUCCAUUAGAUGAACCUGUACUUCAUGCCGAACGAACCAUUGUUGGUCAUGGCCAGGAGCGUGGUGGUAUGCGCAUCAUUUUUGGCAACCCGUCCAACACCAGCCCGGUCGAUUUCAUUUACUUUGAGAGUCUCCCAUGGUUCCUGCGGCCGUAUAUUCACACUCUGCGUGCAACCAUUACAGGAAGCAAUGGGAUCCCACGCGAAAUUCCCGCCUCCGACAUUAUCAAGGAGACAUACUACCGUCCUGCAAUUGACCGUGAACGGGGGACACAAUUGGAGCUUGCGCUCUCAGUCCCAGCUGCAUCGACCGUUACCCUCACAUACGACUUCGAAAAGGCCAUUCUGCGAUAUACCGAGUAUCCUCCGGAUGCCAAUCGCGGAUUUAAUGUUGCACCUGCAGUCAUCCGUAUCUUGGACAAGACCCACAGUGCGCCGAUUUAUAUCCGCUCUACCAGUCUUCUUCUUCAGCUACCUACCCCGGAUUUCAGUAUGCCCUACAAUGUGAUCAUCCUCACUAGUACUGUUAUUGCACUUGCUUUCGGGACCGUUUUCAACAUUCUCGUUCGGCGUGUGGUGUCUCUGAAUGAGGCCGAAGCCCUUGGCGCACAGGGCUUGAAGGGCAAAUUAUUAGGCAAAUUGGUAGCCUUGCGUGAUAAAUUUCGUGGGAAAGACACGAAAGUCGAAUAG